AGAACGCCAUGUUCUCGGCGCUGCUCCGCCGCGAGCUCUCUUCCUCGCCGGCGGCGCCGCCGCGGGGGAGGCCUCUCCUCGCCGCGCUACUCUCUCCGUCGGCCAGCCCCCUCGCGCCAUGCCGGUCCCCUGCUGCGCCGGACCCACCGAGGCGGGCGUUCCGUGGCUCGCAGCCGAGCCCCCUGGGGUUCAGGUCCACCCCCGCGUCGUGGUCCGGCAGCCCGGAGGCAGGGUCGGCCGUGGGGAAUGACGGGCUGGAGGUCGCUAGGUUGGGGAUCUCGCCGCAUAUCGUGGAGAGGCUCGCCGCCCGGGGCAUCACCCGGCUCUUCCCUAUCCAGAGUGCUGUCCUUGAGCCAGCAAUGCAAGGGAAAGAUAUGAUUGGACGUGCAAGAACUGGGACUGGGAAAACACUGGCUUUUGGCAUUCCUAUCAUGGACAGGAUAAUCCGUUACAAUGAGAAGAAUGGGAGUGGUAGAAAUCCUUUAGCAAUAAUUUUGGCACCUACUAGAGAACUUGCUAGACAGGUCGAGAAGGAAUUUAAGGAAUCUGCUCCUUUGGACUCUCUUUGUGUCUAUGGAGGUGUUCCCAUCAGUCAUCAAAUGAGAGUUCUUAAUUAUGGUGUUGAUGUUGUGGUUGGAACACCAGGUCGAAUUAUUGAUCUUUUAAGAAGAGGUGUUUUAAACCUUUCUGAGAUCCAAUUCGUGGUACUAGAUGAAGUGGACCAGAUGUUGGCUGUCGGUUUUGAUGAAGAUGUUGAGGUGAUCAUGGAGAAUUUGCCACAGAACCGUCAAAGCAUGUUGUUCUCUGCAACAAUGCCUAGUUGGAUAAGAAAAAUUACAAACAAGUACUUGAAAGACCCAGUCAUUAUUGACCUUGUUGGUGACGCGGACCAGAAAUUGCCUGAAGGAAUCUCUCUUUAUUCAAUUGCAUCUGAGCACUAUGGGAAGCCAUCGAUUCUUGGUCCAUUGAUUAAAGAGCAUGCUAAUGGUGGAAAAUGUAUCGUGUUUACUCAAACUAAACGAGAAGCAGAUAGAUUAGCAUAUGCUAUGGGCAGGAGCUAUGCAUGUCAGGCGCUUCAUGGGGAUAUUUCACAGAAUCAGAGAGAAAGGACACUGUCAGGAUUUCGAGAUGGCCGCUUUAAUAUCCUUGUAGCAACCGAUGUUGCUGCUCGUGGAUUAGACAUACCCAAUGUUGAUCUUGUAAUACAUUAUGAAAUCCCAAACACCUCGGAGUUAUUUGUGCACAGAUCUGGACGAACUGCACGGGCAGGGAAGAAAGGCAGUGCAAUUCUAAUAUACACAAGUGAUCAAGCUAGAGCUGUAAGGGUCAUUGAGCAUGAUAUAGGAUGCAGGUUCACAGAGCUUCCAAAGAUUCCAGCUACAGAUGAGGCAGCAGACAUGUUUAAUGUUGCGAGAGACAUUCGCUCUAGAUUGGUUGGAGGCCAAAGAACCGGUGGCUCCUCUUUUGGACGAGGAGGCUAUGGUGGUUUUGGAGAAGGCCGUUCCCAGGGCUUUGGUGAUUUUGAUGGCUUUGGUGGUUUCCCUGAUCGUGCUGGGAGAUCGCGUGAUGCGGGUUCAAGAUAUGGCAGUGGGUUUGGAGAUUUUAGGCGUCCCUCCAAUGCCUUUGGCAGGUCUAGUUCCAGGCGGCCUGAUGGAUUUGGAUUUGGUGACUUUGGAGAAGGCAAAUUCAGUAGAAGUGGCAACACUGACUAUCGACGCCCUAGGGGUUCUGAUGAUUCAGGCUCUACACGGUACAGCAGACGUCCCAAUGGUUUUGGAUCAUCAGAUUUCAGCAGAUCAGGCGGGUUCGAUGAUUCCAACUGAUCACAGGGCUACCUUUUUGUACAGCUUUGAGCCUUUUCACCUACGGUUUUGUUUUGUUUUUCGUUUCAUGAAUGAAUGAGAUCACCAAUCGCCUUUUGUAGCGCUUGGCCUUCCUGUAGCGAAAUAAGUAGUCUGCUUGUACUAGUAUUAGGUUUGUCCCAAAACAUUAAACAUUUAGUAGUGUAUAUAAUCCAACCUGUAUCUUUUGGACUCUUUUCAACGAAGUGUAAGAAAAUCCCAGAACUGUGGAAACCUCCCAUUUCGGUUCAUGUCCUUUCUGUUGCACAUUGACCUCCAUCACCUCUUUUUGGUGGUAAUAUAUGGCAU